UCUCAUUUGAUACUUCCGACCGUCCCGUUAGCCCUCCACAUAUUCUAGACUAUUGUAUGUACCUCGUACCGUCCCCCACCGGCGUGUCCAUGUUACGGUCAAGUACACCACUGACACCACUUCGUAGUGCCCGUUACGGCUACACUAACUCCACCGUAUUGUUACCGUACAGAGCGUACAAGGACGACCCCCGCCAACAACCCACCCCCCAGCUAAAUCGCAGCCAGGAUCAUCACAACCAUCACAACCAUCACAACCAUCACACACACACAGAACCUACAAAUCCCAACAAGCAACGCCGCGGCGGGAGCUACAGACACCGGUACCCGACACUGCUGGCAUCUCCAGGCGACAACAAAGGGUCUUCCCCCACCGAGGCCACCAUGGAGACCAGCACAGGAUUACGACGGAAGGACACCACGAAAGGCGCACCUCUGCGCAUCCUCUCUCUAGACGGCGGCGGCGUGCGCGGCUACAGCGUCUUCAUCAUCCUCCAAGAGCUCAUGCACCGAACCUUCGUCGAGAUCGAAGGCCGCGCCCCCAAGCGCUCCGAGAUCCCCAAACCAUGCGACCACUUCGACCUGAUCGUCGGCACCGGUACCGGCGGACUGAUCGCCAUCAUGCUGGGCCGUCUGCGCCUCGACCUCGAGACAUGCAAAGAAGUCUACGUGCGGAUGACGCGCAAAGUCUUCGAGACCGACAAGACGAUCGCGGGGAUCCCGUACCGCAGCACGCUGUUCAAGGCGAGUAAGCUGGAGGAGGCGAUAAGGGAGUGCGUGGGCGAGCAUACGGUGUUUCAGAGCGAGGGGAAUGAUGGCGAGGCGUUUGAGGAUGUGCAGAGCCCGGUGGCGUAUCCGUUGGGGAGGGGGGAUAGUGGGAGGAGCGAGGGGGUCAGGAGGCAUCAUAGUAAUGCGAGUAUGUUGAGCUUUUCGGCGAGGGGGCCGAGGAGCACGUAUGGGGAGAGGAAGUGGGGUAGUGAGGCGAGGUAUGGGGAUGCGAAUGCGCUGCUCUAUGAUAGUAGGGAGAAUCGCACGAAGACCGCCGUAACAGCAGUCUACCAAAACACCCCCAAAGGCGCCCCCCCCGCCCUCCUCCGCUCCUACGACUCCCGCAAAGAACCCGCCCCCGAAUUCAACUGCACGAUCUGGCAAGCCGGCCGCGCCACCUCCGCGACAGGCCUAGCCUUCAAACCAAUCCAAAUCGGGCAGAGCGUGUUCAUCGACGAAGUGCACGGGCGCUUCAACCCCGCCCCCAUAGCGCUGGAUGAGGUGACGGUUAAUGAGUACCCUGGGAGACCGGUGGGGACGUUUGUUUCGAUUGGCACGGGGAAGAGACCGGCGAAUACGGAUGCGCAGGGUCAUUUGUGGUAUGAUGAUUUUUUGGGGGACUUUGCGGAGGCGAGGAGGAGGUUGAUUGCUAAGAUUGAGGGGUGUGAGACGACGCAUCUUUCUAUGCCUGCGCUCCUCGCGGCGAGGAAUGUGGAGAUUGACGCGUAUAUCAGGCUUAAUGUCGAGGUUGGAGUGGGGGAUUUCGGGAUGAAUGAAUGGGGCCGUCUAGCUGACAUCUCGACUUCCACCCGCCGAUACCUUGCCCGCCCAGACGUCCAAGCUAUGUCCCUCAACGCCGCAACACGCUUAGCGCGCAUCUACCUCACCCGCCUCCGCAGCCGCGACCCAGCCGCGCCCCCACCACUCGUUCCCCCUCCCCGCGACCCAAGGCGAAUGACCCUCCAAAACGUCCCCGAAGCGCCAUACCCCUCUUUCGCAGCCGAGCUACCCGCUGAAGUACCAGCUGAGUCCGCAGCAGCGCCCGCGGCACGCCCAAGUAAAAGACGGAGCUACGAUCUCGGCGCUGAAUCCCUCGGUGUCCCCUCCCCCAUCCGCGGCAGCCCUCGGACAAGCGACGACGGCCGCCCCGUCUCCGCCCUCUCCACCGCGCCUACGAACUCCACGACUGGCGGCGGGGGGGGCGAUCGACUAACCUCCCAUGCUCCGACGCCGGCGCAGUAUUGGACGGCGGGGGGACAGGAUAAGAUCGCGAUUGUGGCAGAGGAUGAACAGCAAGGGAAUGGACGCAUGGAGCCCCCGCCACUGCCGCCGAAGACGCCGAUUAUGGGGGUUAGAGAGCAUAGAAGGGGGCCGAGCCCGGUGUCGACGCUGGGGCCGCCGUAUCCGUUGGAUGAUGGACCGCCGCCGGUGGUUAAUAUGGCGAGGAAGCCGGAGUGGAAUGGGAGGUAGUGGUGGUGGAAGGGGGGUGAUUGUACUUUUCGCU